AUGAGUUCAGAGCAGGAAGGUGAUUCUCUAUAUUUGGGGAAUGAAUUAGAAACUGAAUUUGAAGGCAGCACCCAUGGAACACGCCGUUCCUCUUCUUCUUCUCCUGAACCUCUUAAUGCGAAAGAUUCAAAAAGAAGACGUAUUGAACAUGAACAGGAUUCUUCUAUAAAAACAAAAGCACUUCAAAGAUUUGCUUCGACCGAACUAUCCAGAAAUGAUACUAUAGAUUCCAUUGGCGAAGAUGCUUUUCAAGGAGAAACUCAACCGAAUCCUCAGUUUGAAAACCGUGUCGGAGUAAUAGAAAGCAUUCAUCUUAUUAAUUUUAUGUGUCAUGACUCGUUGCGUAUAAGUUUUGGCUCAAGGAUCAACUUCGUUAUUGGCCACAAUGGAAGUGGAAAAAGUGCAAUCUUAACUGGACUUACUGUUUGUCUAGGAGCGAAAGCCUCUAGCACCAAUCGUGCUCCGAACAUGAAGAGUCUGAUCAAGCAAGGUAAAAGCUUCGCAAGGAUAUCCGUUACCAUUAGCAAUAGAGGAUUUGAGGCAUAUCAAAGGAACGUCUAUGGUGAUUCUAUUACCAUUGAACGUACCAUCCGUCGGGAAGGCUCUAGUGAAUAUAAGCUUCGGGGUCACGAUGAUACCGUUAUUUCUACGAAACGUGAAGAGUUGGAUAGUAUUUGUGAUCACAUGGGACUUCAAAUAGACAAUCCUAUGAACAUUUUAACACAAGACACGGCGCGUCAAUUCUUAGGAAACUCGAGCCCAAAGGAAAAAUACCAGCUCUUUAUGAAAGGAAUCCAACUCAAGCAAUUGGAGGACAAUUAUUCUUUGAUCGAACAAAGUUUAUAUCAUACAAAAAAUGCUUUGGAUGGAAAAAAGUCUGGUCUCCUCCAGUUAGCCAAGAAGGAAGAAGAAUGUAAAACCAAAUGGGACCAGUCCCGUGAAACAGAGAAUCUUCAUAAUAUUUUGGAAAAGAAGAAAGAGGAAAUGGCUUGGGCAUUAGUUGUUGAAGUCGAAAAGGAACUUUUGGGUACUGAAGAAGAGGUACGGGCAGCGGAAGCUCGUGUUAACCAAUGUCAUGAAGAAAGGAAUUCGUACGUUAAAAAAUUCAGUGAAUUUGAUGAAAGGAUUUUAGUGAAAAAUCAGGCUAUGGAGAGUCUCAAAACCUCUAUUACAGAAACCAAAGCAAAAUUUGAAAACGUAAUUAAAACCUUCGAGGCACACCGGUCGGAAAUGAGUGAUGUGGACAUACAGAAAAGGGAUAUUCAAAACAGUAUAAAUGCUGCGAGAAACUGUCUUCAGAUUUACAAGGAUCAGCUAGCUAGUGAACGCGAACGCCAAAAUACUGAUGAUGUCUCCGAUCACCAACGAAGGCUCGAUGAGAUUUCUACUUUACAAAGGCAGAUUGCCAAUUUAAGUGAACAAGCGGUUGAAUUGGAAUCCAAAAGGAAUGAGCUUCAUACGACUGUUUUUGAAAAGGAAGGUAACCUGUCUUCUCUUCUUGAUAAAAAGGAUGCUUUAGCUAAACAGGUGUCCAAUCAAGCCGAAAAGAUUCGCGUCAUGGAGGAGGUCCAGAGAGACAAGUUGACAGCGUUUGGUAAGAAUAUACCGUAUCUGCUACGAUUAAUAACUCGAGAAACUCGAUUUCAACAUCCCCCCAAGGGACCUAUGGGUCGAUUUAUGACUGUAAAAGAAGAAAAAUGGCAUCUCACUAUUGAGAGAAUAUUGGGAAAUGUAAUAAAUGGUUUUAUUGUACGGACUCAUCAUGACCAACUAAUUCUAAAAGAAUUAAUGCGUCGUGCUAACUGUAACGCUACUGUUGUUGUAGGCCGUUAUGAUCCCUUUGAUUAUUCUCUUGGAGAACCAGUCACUCCCUACUCCACUGUUCUUCAAGCAAUUCGCUUUGAAGACGAUGAGGUACUACAUACAUUGAUUAAUCAUUUGGGAAUCGAAAAGAUGCUUUUAAUUGAGGACAGAAAAGAAGCCGAAACAUACAUGAAAAGUGGUGUUCUAAAUGUGACUCAAUGUUAUGCGCUGGACCCUAGAAGUAAAGGUUUUGGAUUCCGUAUAGUAAGUAACCAACGAUCGUCAGGUAUAUCCAAGGUUACACCGUGGAACCGACCACCAAGAAUUGGUGGCUCCGGUUCAAUGGACUCUAGGCGAGAAAAAGAACAGCUCGAGAACCUUAAACAGCUUUACGAUAAUGCUAAUAAUGAUCUUCUUGCUGCGAAGCAAGAACAGGGAAAGUACAAAAGGGAAGAACAAAUUGUUAUUGAGAAGAUUGAGGUGAUUAAAAGAGAAAUUUUGGAUACGCGGAGGCAGGUUAAUGCCUUGGAAUCAGUGGAAACCUCGGUGCUGGACACUGAGAAAAUUCAAAGUCUUGAAAGAAAAAUUACAGAGACUGAAAAAGAAUUAGAAAGUUACGUUGGCCAACUUCAAGAUGCUAAAGAUGAAGAGCGAAGGAUAAGGGAGGAGCAAAGGCCUGUUAUAGAUGAAAUUGAGAUGUUUAAGGAAAAAAUUCAAAGUGAAAAUCAAAAAUUGGCAUUGCAGCAAGCCGAAAUUGAUCAAAUUAGGGACGAAAAAACGAGACUGGAAAUGGCACAAGAGGAAUACGUGAAUAAGUCCGAUCAUUUGUUGAAUGAAAUGCGAGAAAAAGAGGCUAAACGGAUACGCUGUUCCCAAGUAGUAGCCGAGUACAGUGCGAAAGCGGCUACUCGAUGCGAACGGGUUCCCGUGACGCAUACACCGACGGAACUGGAUAAUGAAAUUGAAAGACUACAGCUUCAAAUUACGGAAUGGCGAAAUCGGACCGGCAUAUCUGUAGAGCAAGCAGCUGAAGAUUAUUUGAAAGCAAAAGAAGAACACGAUCGUUCUAAGUUAUUGGUAACAAAAUUACAGUCGCUUUUGGAGUCACUGGAAGAGACUUUGAGGAAGAGAAAUGAAAUGUGGGUUAAGUUUAGAAAGCUAAUUACGCUGCGUACCAAGGAAUUAUUCGAGCUUUAUUUGAGUCAAAGAAACUUUACAGGGAAAUUGGUUAUUCGACAUCAAGAUGAAUUCUUAGAGCCCAGAGUAUAUCCCGCCAACAGAAAUUUGUCGGUAUCUCGAGACCGUCAAACAUUGUCUCAAGUCAGUGUCCAAGGUUUAUCAGGUGGUGAAAAAUCGUUUGCUACCAUUUGCAUGCUAUUAUCCAUAUGGGAAGCAAUGAGUUGUCCUCUACGAUGUUUGGACGAGUUUGAUGUUUUUAUGGACGCUGUCAAUCGACUUGUGAGUAUCCGUAUGAUGGUCGAUUCAGCGAAAGACUCCUCCGAAAAGCAGUUCAUAUUCAUUACACCACAAGACAUGGGUCAAAUUGCAUUUGAUGAUGAUGUCGUCGUUUUUCGUUUAAGUGAUCCUGUUAAAUCUUCAAGCGCUCUACCUGCCUCCACAGCUCCGUAA